AGAGAACAGAUGGGGAAAAAGAGCAGAGAAGGGACAGCUAUCAGGCGUUAUUUUCUAGAAAGUUACUUUAUAAUCCACGUCUAUGACUGCAUCCUUUCUAUACACUGCGCUGCUGAGCAACAUUUACUUCUACAACUUUAUUUAGAAAAGGACGCUGCUUAUUAGUGAGCUACUUCUUUUACAUUAUGAUUUUUUUAGUUUGACCUGCAAAGUUCCCAGCAGGACAGUGAGCACGGUGUACCAGUCAGGGGGAGUGUAUAGGAGCCUACUGUAAGUAGUAUACGUCCCCAGCCUGUGUGUAAGCAGCACACGUGAUUACACCGGAGGAAUCCUGCAACCUCCUGACCCGCUGACUCUGUAUGUACAGUACACCAGGGCUACAGUACACCUAGCAUGUGCAUGUGAAAUAUCUGACCACUGCCAGGUGUAAGAAGGAGGUUGUCGCAAUCCGUGUGCCUGACACAAAGUUUGGCUUCAGCAGUUGGUCCCCAGCUCUCGCUGCCAUGGUGUCCAGGCUGUACGUGCUCUGUGCAGUGGCGCUGGCGUUGCUGCUGCUGAGCCAGCUGGCGGUGGCAGUGGGGCCGGUGGUCCUGUGCGAGCCCUGUGAUUCCAAAGCCUUGCAGCAGUGCAAGCCCCCGAGCUCUGACUGCGCGGAACUGGUGCGGGAGCCGCUGUGUGGCUGCUGUGUAACUUGCGCUCUGCCACAGGGCAGCCAGUGCGGCGUGUACAGCCAGAAGUGCGGCUCCGGACUCGCCUGCAGACCGGAACCUGAAGAGUCCAAACCGCUGCACGCAUUGCUGGAGGGAAGGGGAGUCUGCGUCAGUGUGACCACCAAUAAUAGGUCUACAAGUCAAGUCCCCGGUCGGCGGCUUGCAGGGAAUUCCAGCAAUUCAGAUGAGGACAUGCUUCCUGACAGCAGUGACACUCAAGCACCAUCUAACACACAGAGAAUGUUGUUUAAUAAUCCUCAGACCAAAAUAGAAAUCCUCAGGAAGGAACAAGCCAAAAAUACUCAGCGUUAUAAAGUUGACUAUGAUCCACAAAGCACAGAUACAUUAAAUUUGCUUUCAGAAUCUAAACAAGAUAUGGAGUAUGGACCAUGUCGCAGACAAUUGGAAAGUGUAUUAAAUCACUUAAAGAUCAUGAACACCUUGAGUCCCAGAGGAUUUCACAUUCCAAACUGUGACAAGAAAGGGUUCUACAAGAAAAAACAAUGUCGUCCAUCCAAAGGCAGGAAAAGAGGAAAUUGCUGGUGCGUGGAUAAAUAUGGACAGCCUCUUCCUGGAUAUGAUGUGAAUAAUAAGGGAGAUGCCAAUUGCUAUAACUUGGAAAAUAAAUGAGUUAUUUAAUUUAGCACGGACACACUGAAAACAUUUGAUCAAUCAAAAGCUAUUGGAAGGACUAGAACAAUAUGGACUUUACUUGACAUGAAGCUGCAAACUGAACUGCUUACCAAUAUUGAAUAUAUUAAUAGAUUGUUGACGUCACAUCUGAAACCUGCCACUGAUAAUCUUGCAGUUGUCUUUAGCUCUGAUUUCCGUGUUAAUCUGCACUAUCAACCCUAAAAAAGGUGACCUAGUGGAUGAAAAACCCCUCACAAUGGAUUCAGGGAGUCUCCACUGACCAUUAAACACACAACACUUUGACCAAUUUUAUUCAGCAAAAUACUGUUUAUAGUAAAAAUAAUGAAACCAGAAUCUAUCCUCUUAAUCCCUCAGAUUUAACUUUUAUUUCUGCAGGUCUACCGGGAAAUUUAUCGGCACGGGUAAUUAUUUUUGUAUUUUUUUUUUUUUAAAUUUAAGAGUACUUAAAUUGUUUUUAAGACAAUGCUAUUUU